AAAAUCAAAUUUUAUUAAUAAAAUUUGAAAUUUUAGAAUAAUCAUUAAAUAGAAGAGUAAGUAUUAAUUAUCAAAGAAAGAAUGUCUUCACUAAAAGAUAGAUUAUUAGAAAGAAUUAACUCUCUUAAUUUUAGUGAUUCAGAAGAAGAGUCAAACUACAAGAAAUCAUAGUAAACGAAGAACCAGCGUGAUCUUACAUUUCCUAAUAAAAAGUUGAAAUUUGAUGAUAAUCAAAAAAAGAUGAACACAGAUUUACCAAGAAGUGUUGUGGAAAAGAAAUAAGCUUAAAGUAAGAGUAGGAAUUAUAGAUAAUAAGAAAGUAUGAAUUAAAAAAUAGAAACAAAAGAAAAAUUUAAUGGAGUUGAAGAAAAUAACUAAACUUUUGCAGAUAUUGAGAGGCGUAUUUAAUAAUUGGAACUUGACCUCUCUAAAAGUUUAAUGUCAUCAUAAAAUAAUUACAAUAAUAGUUAACACAAGAUUGUAGAUGAAAGUAGCAUUAACUAUUCGGACAGUUUGAGGGAUUAAAAAGGCGAAUAUGAAUAUUAUGAUGCUGAAAUGCAGUAGCAUAACAAAGAAUUAGAAUAAAUCACUUAAACUAUGGGGAAUGUAUUAGACAAUAAAAAUUUUUCAUAAAUAAGCUACUUACCACAUUAGAACAAUCAAAAUAUCAAUAGAAAUUCAAAAAAUUUCAUUAACUCAAAUAAUAAUUGCACCAGCUGCACUCACGUUGGUUCUUUCAACUGUUUUUAAAAUUAACUUUCUUAAGAUUGUUUGUGUUGCAAAUAAGCUCAGCAUCACUUUCACUCUUGUCAUAGCAAUCACACUUUUAACACUGAACAUGAAAUGCAAUACUGUCCUCAUUAAACAAUCAAUAGCAAUGUUUGCUAUAGAUAAAAAGUUAAUAGUAUGGAAAGAAAUUAAUCAAAUGGACAAUAUCUUUAUUAAGAUAAUAAGUAGAUAUAUCAACAUGAUAGAUUUUAGAGGAAUGUGAAUAAGAAUUUUGAGAAUUUCGAGAGAGAAACUUAGGAGUUAAAUAGAAGGGUUGCAGAAAUAAAAAAAGAAUUGGAGAAUGACAACGAAUCAUCUGAAAAUAGUGACGAUGAAAGCAGUAAAAAAUAGAAAGAUAGAUCAUUAUUAGACUCUAAUUCCUUUUAUAGAAACAAAAAGAGCAAUGAUGUCUCUGUUGAUUCUGUAAGCUAAAGAAAGCCAUAGAAAUCAAUUUUAAAACAUAGCUUUUCAAAUAUAGACUAAAAAAUAUAAAAUUCUUAAAUGAAAUUACUCUAAGAAUUAGAGAAAUCCUAUUCCUAAGCAGAUGGUGGAAGUGGCUUAGAUAAUAAUCAAUAAAAUUACUUUUUAUAAUAAAAAUACCAAUAAUAGUAAUAAUAAGAUAGAAGUUCCUAUUACACAAAUAAUUCAUAAAGUCAUGAAUAAAAAUAUUAAUUCUCUUAGAAUUAAAAUAACAAUUAUAGUAGCUCAAACCAAGUAUACAACGAUAAGGAAAAUAACUACUAAUCAUAAAACUAUAGUAAUAUUAGUACAACUCCUUUUUAAUCUAGACCUCUCUUUAAUGACGCUGAUAAAACUGAAUUACUAAAUUAGCUGGCUAGAGAAAAAUAGUUGUUAGAAGAAAUAGCAAAUUUAAGAAGAUAAAAUAAUUAGCUUGCAAGCUAAAAUGGUAGUAGAAACGGAAGUAGAAAUGCAAGUAGAAAAGAGAGCAGGCAUGAGGAUGAAACAUACAAUAAAAGUAGAAAUAAUAGUAAUAGCAGAAGCCCAUCUUUAAAAGAAUAUAAAACUCCUGAUUUAAAAUUUAAAGAGUAAUCAGAAGAAAAAAUAAAAAGAAAGAAAAGACAAAACUCAUUCCAGAAUGAAUAUUAAACAAAUGAAGGAAAUCAGCAAAAACAAUAUGAAAGUUAAAGAAAUCCCUCCAAAUAAACAAAUAAAUCCUAUGAAAAUUAAAAAUAAUAUUAAAAGUAAUUAGAUAACUAUUCAACUAAAUAAACAGAGCAAUAUCAAACUUAGCAGAAUUAAUAAUAAAAUGAUAAUAAUUUCUACAGCAAGAGAUCAGAUUCUUAAACUAAUACAAAAAGAAUAGUCAAAUAAUAAAAGCAAGUUAAAGAAAUGGAAAAGCUAAAGAAAGAAACUGAGUUAUUAAAAUAAGUAGAAAGGAUCAGAAAAAAUAUUUAGCACUCCAUAAAAAAAAAGAUAAAUGAAUAAAAGCUUAUAGAGAAAUAAGAAAAAGCUUAGAAAGCUAGAAGAUAAUAGCACAGCUCAUAACAUGAUCUUUAAAACCAAUAAAAAAUGGUUUCUAAAAGUUAAAUGUAAAACCACUGUUAAAAUUGCUCUUUCUUACUAAAUAGAGGAAUUCCUACAACUUACUGCAGCUGUGAUAAAAAUAGAAAAUGA